AGGAUCUUCUCAUCAUGUCCAACCCAAACGCUGAAGUGAACCUGGAUGUUGUUGACCGGGAAAGGAAGAGGAGGAGUAUGCUGGACAAGACCGUGACGCCGCUGACUGCCAUGCUGCUGGUGGCUCUCUUGGGGUUGGUGGACGGGAGCAUGCGAGCAUACAUGCGGCUUCCGACCAUCCUUGGGGAGGAGGUGACGUACGAGGAGGCAGGGACGUUGUCUUCUCUUCACGACUCUGAGAUGCUAAUGACGGACCGGCAUGGGGCUGGGCGUUCGCUGCUGUCAGCACCGCUGGGCAAGGCUUGCGUGCAUCCUUGGAGCUGCCAGACGGGGCUGGUGUGCCGGGCAGGAACGUGUGCGAUCUGCUCGAAUGACGCCGAGUGUCAGCAGACGAACUCCAAGAAUCAGUGCCAGAACUCGAGCGUGGCGGGGGUGCCGAUGUGCAAGCACAAGCCUCUGUUCCAUCCCUUCGAUCACUCUGACGUCCUCAUCUGCCUCAUCACCCUCGUCACCAUCAUGCUUGCAGCCCCCGCGGGAGUCGGAGGUGGAGGGAUCCUCGUCCCAAUGUACCUCUCCAUCGGCAAGUUCUCCCCCCACUACGGCAUCCCUCUCUCCAAGGCCACCAUCUUCGGCGGCGCCGUGACCAACAACUACUACAACGUGCAGCGACGUCACCCCUACGCCAACCGCCCGCUGGUGGACUACAACACGUGCAUGAUGCUCGAGCCGGUCCUCCUCCUCGGCACCAUCAUCGGCGUCUUCUUCAACGCCGUCUCCCCCGGCUGGCUCAUCACCAUCCUCCUUGUGCUGAGCUUGACUUACACGACCUACCGCACCAGCGUGAAGGCCCUCGAGACCUACAACAAGGAGGAGAAGGCGGUGAAGGAGGAGGAGACCAAACACCUGCUUGGCUCCAAGGCCGGGCCGGAGCAACACCCCUCCUUCAUGCUUGACGCGAACAUCCCAGAGGACCUUCGAGAAAUCUACGAGGCUGAGUCGCGAGUCCUGACCAUCUCCUGGAUCAUCAUCGCUGUCUGCUCCAUCCUCAAGGGAGGCGAGGGAGGACAGGGGAUCGUCGCGUGCGGCUCCCUGGGGUACUGGCUGCUUGUGGCAGCGCCGCUGCCGAUGGUGCUGGGGCUGGUGAUGUACUGCGGGGACAUUCUGGUGCGAGGGUACGAGGACAAGCUGAGACUGGGGUACGAGUUUGCUGAGGGAGACAUCCACUGGACGCGCAAGAACGCUUCCGUCUACCCCCUCUACUGCAUCUCCGCCGGUUUCGCUGCUGGCGCCCUCGGCAUCGCUGCUGGAACCAUCCUGGGGCCGAUCUUGCUCGAGCUGGGGAUGCUGCCGCUAGUGGGCACGGCGUCGUCAGGCUUCAUGGUCAUCUUCACAGCCUCCUCCACCACCUUCCAGUUCCUCAUCAUGGGACAGCUGCAGAUCGACUACGCUCUCUUCUUCUGCGGCAUCGGGCUGCUGGGCGGAGCCAUCGGGAACACAGUCGUGAGCUUCUUUGUGAAGAAGUAUAAGAAAACAUGGUUCGUGGUCGCGAUCCUCUCGGCAGUGCUUGCUGCUUCAACGGUCUUGAUGGGAUAUGCGGGUUUCGAGCGAGCUGAGUUGUCGUAUGAUCAUGGCAAGAACAUGGGGAUCCGAAGGCUUUGCCCGCUGGUGUUGAAGGGCAAACAGCAGGGGCAGUUAAAGGUGAAGACAGCAAUGAUCCAUCCGAAGAAGGCAUAGAUGAAGCAGAAGCCAUGCAAGAAGAAAUGAGAAGUGAGGAGCAAGGUUGGUUGGUUGGACGAGCAUGUUGUAAUUUUAGGAAUCAAAAGUCUUAGAUGGGUC